AAACGAUCCAUUUAAAAACCGUCUGCCUAAAACCGAACGUCGACCAAGUCUACGGUUCUGGAGAUGUGCUGGAUUCUAACGGGUUGUUCCCGGAAAAGCAGGUUUAAAUGCAUAAUCAAGGGAGACAAGAGACGGGAUAAACAAGGGGUAGCGUUAGCAGGCGGGCGAGAGCAAUUCCAGAAGACAAAGGUAACUGUGCUACGAACUAUGUGAUGAAUUAACGGCCGAGAAGAACAGUUGGGAGCGUGCAGGAGGCAGAGUUUGAAAAAAGCUCUAGAGAUUGUCUUUUGAAAUAUGAACAGAGCGAAAUGCUUUUUCUGUCUCCAUCUCUUGAGCUCUCGGUGGUCGGGAAGCAUAACAACCCUAACAUGACGAUGCCCUGAAAUGGUAAUGACAGUCAGUCAUUAUGAGAAGCUAAACUGUAACCGUUAGAGACAUAUCUGCUCUUCAUGGAUAUACAGGGAGAAAGGAGAGAUUCGGUUAAAAACACAUUAUCAGGGGAAAAAAUGAUGGUUUGAAAGGCUAUAGCUUAGAUGUUUGAAGGGAAAUGUAUUCGAUUCUUUGCGCUCAAGUCGAAAAUCGAACUCAAGCCACGAACGCUGGCACUCUGAAAUCUAUAACGAAACGCACAAGCCACUGCAGAGAUUGAGUGGCUUUUCCCACAUUCUUUCCCACAUUGUUUUCUUGCUAAGUGUGUAUACUUGAAGACUAUAGGCUACAUGUUGAUGAAAGAGACUGACAUAGAUCUACUUAUGAUAUAGUUUCAACGAACGCACAUAGCGGUCUAUAGGCUACUUUCAGCACCUCGGACAGCGACCAAAAUGACACGGCUGCGUAAGAAAGCUUUCAUUGCACUUUUCUUAUUCACUCUCUUCAUCUUCGGGACCAUGAUGGGCCUCAGAACACUGAAUCCCAGCGAUGGCUUCUCAGACCUUGCCCCGGGGAUGGGAGAGUUUGUGAGGGAAAGAGGAGGCGACCAUCGACGGCCAGUCUCAAACGACAUGGUAGUUUCCCCUGGUCAGUCCCAUCUAGCCAGCGACACCAAAGUAGUCUUCACAAAAUCCGACCGUGACUACAGUAUAUUCUACGACGUACAAAUCUUCUAUUACCUGUGGUAUGGCACCCCACAGAUGGACGGUAAAUAUAUUCACUGGGAUCAUGUUCUAGUGCCGCACUGGGACCCUAAGAUCGCCCCCAGCCACGCCAAAGGAAGACAUACUCCUCCAGAGGACAUUGCGUCGAGUUUCUUCCCGGAGCUAGGACCAUACAGUUCUAGAGACCCCUCCGUGCUGGAGUCACAUAUGUCGCAAAUUGAAGCGGCUGCAGCAGGUGUACUGGUUCUGUCCUGGUAUCCACCUGGCAUUGCAGACAACCAUGGUGAGCCAUGUGAAGACCUGGUGCCUGCUGUCAUGGACGCUGCCCACAGACACAGCAUCAAGGUGGCGUUCCACAUCCAGCCGUACAAGGGUCGGACCGACCUCAGCAUGCAUGAUAACAUCAAAUACAUAAUUGACAAGUACGGGAACCACGGCGCCUUCUACCGCUUCAGGUCGACUACAGGGCGGAUCCUUCCUCUGUUCUAUGUCUACGACUCCUAUCUGACCUCGCCUGAAGCCUGGGCCGACCUGCUCCACCCCGCCGGCGCCCACACCAUCCGCGGCACGCCCUACGAUGGUGUCUUCCUCGCCCUGGUCGUAGAGGAACGCCACAAACACGAAAUCCUGGCCGGUGGCUUCGACGGCAUGUAUACAUACUUCGCCUCCAACGGCUUCUCCUUCGGCUCCUCUCACCAGAACUGGAAGGCAGUUAAGGCCUUCUGUGAUGGUAACAACCUGCUGUUUGUGCCCAGCGCCGGGCCAGGAUACGUCGACACCGCAGUGAGGCCAUGGAACAACCACAAUACGAGGAACAGGGUCAACGGACGCUAUUAUGAGACUAGCCUGCAGGCGGCGUUGUCUGUGCGGCCGGAGAUUGUGACCAUCACGUCAUUCAACGAGUGGCACGAGGGGACACAGAUUGAGAAGGCGGUGCCUAGGAAGACGGUGUCGCGGCUGUAUCUCGACUACCAGCCCCACAGGUCAGAUCUGUACCUGGAACUCACCAGGAAGUGGGCCGAACACUUCAACAAGGAGAAAGACAAGUGGCUCAUGUAGUGGACUGGACUCCUGACUGGACUGGGUUCGAUGGGAAUAAUGCCUUUUGGGUGUGACUACUGAGCUGAGCCGGACCGAACCAAACCAAGCUGCAUUGAGCGGGCCUGGUUAGUGGUUACACAUCCUCUAUAAAUGUGGAAAGAAAAAUAGCACAGCCAGCACAGUUUUAUUUGGGUCAGCAUGAUAGUUUGAAAAGGGUAGGUGUGGCCUCACUUCUGGGUAUUCUGGGUCGAUAGGAACUCCUCUAUGGAUUUAUUUAGACAGUGAAGCUAAAACUUGCAAAUUUGGCCAUAUUCUCCAGCAUUUUGGAUUUGAGAUAAAAUAUUUCAUAUUAGGCAAUAGUACAGAAUGUCACCUUUUAUUUGAGGGUAUUUUCAUACAUAUGUUUUACUGUUUAGAAUUGAAAUACCUUAAUGUAUCUAGUCCCCCGUUUGAAUACCUUAUUUUUUCAUAAGUAUUUGGACAGAUUCCCUUAUAGCGUAUUAAAGUAGUCAAAAGUGUAGCAUUUGGUCCCAUAUUCCUAGCACACAAUGACUACAUCAAGCUUAUGACUCAACAAACUUGUUGGAUGUAUUUGCAGUUUGCGUUGGUUGUUUAUCCCAAUAGGAACUAAAUGGUCAUUAUAAAAUGGGUGGUUUGAGCCCUGAAUGCUGAUUGGUAGACAGCCGUGGUAUAUCAGAUUGUAUACCACAUGUAUGACAAAACAUUUAUUUUUACUGCUCUAAUUAAGUUGGUAACCAGUUUAUAAUAGCAAUAAAGUACCUCGGGGUUUGUGGUAUAUGGCCACGGGUUGUAUCCAGACACUCUGUGUUGCGUCGUUCAUAAGAACAGCCCUUAGCUGUGGUAUGAUUUAACCCUGUGUUCAUCAGCUCUUCCGGUAUAUUGACCAUAUACCACACCCCCUUGUGCCUUAUUGCUUAAAUAAUGUACUGGGGUCACUUUUAUUGCUUCAAUGUCCAAAUAAAUACAAAGGGGAGUGUAUGCCUUUGACUGGAACAAAUGGGACUGAGACUGCUCACCUGAUUGACUUAAGCCAGGUGGAAUUGUUGUAAUCAGAGGGCAAGAUGGUGGUUCCACUAUAUUGCUUACACCCAUACAAUCCUAUUACACUUAUCCAAUCCUCUCAGAUUUUCCAAAGUGUCUAGGGGGAGAGGGCUAAUGGUUGAUUUGGGAUUCAGGGUUACACUCAUGAUUUAACCCUGUGUUCAUCAGCUCUUCCGUUCUCUAAAAUGAACAUUCCAGGGGACUUUUCAUCACGAUACCUGGUUUCUUUUUGAACAUCUGAAUAUAUAACAAAAGUUUAAUCGGUUGGUUACCUCAACUUAUGUAGGUGGCAAGAAACUGUCUGUUUUGAGUGACUUAAGUCUAUUCUUUUCAAAUGAGUUAUGUUAUGAUGAUUGCCACAGUAAUGAUAGAGCCAUUGGGGUUGUGUAGUGUG